AUGUCGCAAAUCAUGGAGCCGAUCCCUCUGCGCACUUUGAUCACUCUCCUCCACUACGAGCUAAUGGUCUCUGAUCCUCGAUAUGAAGGAACAGCGCUGUUUCAAACAAGUUUCGCCGAUCCAGCAGUGAUCGCGCGCAUUCAAAAGCAGUUUGUCAGUGACGCUGAAAAGCACCCAGAGUCGAUCGAGAAGAUGGUAUUUCAUCAAUUCAACGAACACAAGUCCUCCUCCAAGGAACCUAUCCCUUUAACCACCUGUGAAAUUCACCCGCAUGCCAACGAAAUGGUGAAGCGCCUCACACCCAUCGAAGUUGAACAGAUCUAUCUGGAGAGUAGAAACCAUGAUGGUUGUUUCAAAGCUAUCGGAUUGUUCCAAUUCUUCUUCGAACUUUGCCCUGCUGGGCAGAUGAUCUCAAUUCAGGUUGGAAACGAGGCGCCUCUCAUUGUCAACCCAAAAGAUCGCGCUUGCACGGAGUUCGCAAUCGGUGGUCCGAAACUCAUUACCCUUGCUUCUACUAUGAUACCCGGACAAGUAAAGACAUACCAUACCGGUGCAAGAGAGAACGAAGACCAUGCCGUCGUUGUUUUCAAUGUUAAAGGCCCCGCUGAGACACAAGUGGUUGUUGAUAUGACCCGCUCACAAUACGGAAUUGCAGGGCGGGGCACAUUCGGAGAGCGCUACUUUCUUGGCAAUAUCGAAGAGUGGCUCACGUCCAUGGACAAGGUUUGCAAUAACACAACUACACUGUUGACGAGAUCUACCAAUUUCCCUAGGACGAAAAGCGAGAACGAGAACAGGAUUGAGGCUUGUGCGAAGAAGGUUUGGGAGCGCUGGCAAAACAGGGUGAAGGAACAAUGGUGUGCUUAUUGUGGCAAGCCUGGAGUCGAGUUGAAGAAAUGCAAUGGAUGCAAAGCAAAGAAGAUCUGCUAUUGCUGCGGAGAUCAUCAGAAGUCAGAUUGGAAGUUGCACAAGAUGACUUGCGAGCGCAAGAAGUAG